AUGCCGGACCAAGCAGAUCAGGCCCGGGCGCAGUCGCCUCUCCUGGGCGCUAUCCUUUGCUGCACCUCCAUUGGCCCCGACCAGAGAGAAGAACUCGCAAAAUGGGCAACCGACAUGGGCGCCGCCCACAAGUUCGAUCUUACCUCUGACGUAACCCACCUCGUCGUCGGCCACAUAGAUACCCAGAAGUACAAGUAUGUCGCCAAGGAGCGUCCAGAUGUCAAGGUUGUCUUGCCUGCCUGGGUCGCAGCCGUGCGGGAGUCAUGGCUAAAAGGCGGAGAAACGGACGUGGAAAAGCUGGAAGAGGAGUACCGCGUGCCCACCUUCCAUGGCCUGCGCAUAUGCAUAACGGGAUUCGAGGACUUGUCGCGACGGAAAUACUUCGAAGAGACAGUCACCGCUAACGGCGCGUGGGGCGUCAAGACUGUCACGUCACAGUGGCUUACAGACAGCAUUGAACGCCAAAUGGCUCUCGACGAGGCAUUGUACGAUCCGUUUCUACCAGAAGAAAUUCGCGGAAAAGGCGCGUUCAAGAAGCUACCGGCCGAGUCAACGCCACUAGGCAAGCGCUUGCGCACGUCUGUUACAGAAGAUGGAGAAGGCAAGCGAAAAUUGAGGCGGACUGCAAGCACCAAGUUGGGAAGUCAAAGCUCGGCUAUCUGGAACGAAAUUGAAACUGGGAGUUUUGGCGUGAAGCAAGAAGAAUCCGUAAAGGACGGCGUGGUCAGCAGAGAGGCGGUCCCUGCUAUGAACAAAGCCGACAUUCACAGAAGCGCAAGUCUGGAUCAAUCGCAUGGCGCGCACAACCAGCCCCCUCUGUUCAAGCAAUGUGCAGGAUGUUUCAAUGGCAGAAUCAUAUACGUGUAUGGGUUUGAUCGCGCCAAGACCGGGAUUCUACAGCAACAUCUCCACCAGAAUGGAGCUCAACUUGUUUUGACACCAGAACAACUCUGCUCACACGAGGACCCAGAGUUAGAGUCUGGCUUUUUGAUCACUCCCUCAGAUGUUGCUCGUGACGCGCUUGAGGACCUACCUAUUGUCGCUGAGGGUCUCACGCGCGUCAACGAGUGGUGGGUGGAGAAAUGUCUUCAUCAGAAGAAGAUCGUCGAUCCUAUCAAAGAAGUGAUUUGCAGACCUUUCCCUCAGAUUCCAAUCCAUGGUUUUGAAGACUUGAUCAUCUCUUCAACUUCAUUUACUGAUUAUGACCGCCUGCAUGUAUCGAAGGUCGUGAAACUAAUGGGUGCCACUUAUGACGAAGUCCUGAAAGAAAGCGUGUCGGUCUUGAUCUGCAACUCAGACUCGCCCAUUAACCCUAAAGCCAGGUUCUGUCUGGAGCGUUCUAUUCCCGUUGUAUUCCCGUCCUGGCUGUGGGGUUGCAUCUCCACGGGCGAGCGGCAGCCAUUUGAAGCACAUGCAUUACAUCUACCACCCGAAAGAUCCAGGGAGUCGUCGCAGCAGCCACAGACGCGAAAGAGCUCUACGGCAAACACGGAUGUCACUACAAAAGAAGGACCCGCUUUGCCGUUGUACGAAUCGGCAAGCGAGGACGAGGACGAAGGCGCCGGCGGCGCGGCUGUCCCGGAUGACGAUCCGGUGCCUCCCUACCCCGAUGACGACACUUCGUCGCAAUCAAAACACCUGCAGGAAUUGUCGCAAUCAGACGCGAAUGCACUUCGAAAACCCUUGCCCACAGACACAUCACCUGCAGAUCAGCGGAAGCAGCCGCAGCUUCCCGACAAUCUCUCUAGCAGCACCGCAAUCACACCGCCGGCUGCUGCCGCUCCGCCCCUAACCGACGACACCCCGACUACUAACCUCAACAAUACCAUUGCUGCCUUACUCGCUCAAAAGAAGCAGAAGGAGUCGUUCCGCCCCGUCUCUGCCGGUUCCGACAAUGCCGGUAGUGGUUUAGCCCGCAACAACCGGCAGCAACGUCGCCGGCAGCUGGGCCGCGCGCCUAGCAUGACGUCCAAUGGCUCUGCGCCAUCCUCACUAUCCGCACAGAAUUCCUUCUCCACCGCCGCGAGAUCUGCCGCUGCUGGGGAAGGUGAAGAGACGGCUGCUGCCCCGCCCUGGGACGAGGAACCGGCGGCCAGCCAGGCCCUCGUGUGGGGUGACUGCGAGGAUGAGGCGGAGCGCGUGCAGCUGAUCAGGCGACUGGGCGGAAAGGUAGUAGAGGGAGAUGGUGCAGGCGGUGCCGCCGACGGCAUGAGGGCAGUGGAUCGGAUUGGGCGGGUGGCGGAUGCCGGGGAGGGAAGUGGGGCUAGGGUCAUGAGGAAGAGGGCAGCUAGCGGAAGAAUGUAUUAG